AUGGGCAAGAAGAAGGACGCGCAGGCCGACCUGGCAGCUCACGAGGCGCCCGCCAACUUCUACUGCCGCCGCAUGCCGACCGCACCCUCGGUGCCGCAGCCAAAACCCCUGGCCUUUCUCGAACGCAUCAUCUACGAGCACCAGGCUCGCAAUGGCUACCUGGGCGCAGAGCCGCUGACGGCCAACACCACCACCACCAGCUUCGGCGUCAACGGAGGCGAUGCCACCCUCACCGUCGGCACCGGCGCCGUAGUGGCGGCCCAGGCCGGCCUCGACGUCAAGCAAGGGAGCGAGACGCUCGCCGAGACCGUACAGCAGGCACCCUUGCAGACCUCGGCCCUGGUCGACCAGGCGAGCAGCGUCGCCGACUCGCCCACGCGACCGGGGAUCGCCCAGGCGCCGGAUACCCCCGUUAGAGCUUCGAGCAAGGCAUCGAUAUCCGGCAGUGGCGCCGCAGUGUCGCUACCCAACAGCCCUUCGAACAAGCAAGGAGAGCCGGACGAGGAGGAGGCUCCUUGGUUCUCCCAGCUGGCCGCCUUUCCGCAGCUACGGUCGGCCGGCAUCCCGCUGCUGCCGACCAACAGCGCGACGGCCAAGGCCAAGACGAGGUCCGGCCUCAAUCCCUUUGCCACAAGCAGCCUUGGCUCACGGCCUUCGUCGUCCUCGUCGGCAGCCUCUGCCUUUCCGGGGGGCAGCGCGACCUCGGUCGCGAUACCGCCAAGAUUGGAAGCAGCAUCAAUGUCGGAGAGCGUCUCCCUCCCCAGCUCGAUACAGGCCACGCCCACCACGCCGUCGACCGGCACGUUGGCUGGAAACGGGCCGACAGCGACGUCGACCUCGACGCUGCCCGCAGCUCCUGGCAGCGGCAGCGGCGUCGGCCCGCUCCUGCAUCCCUCGGCCUCGAACGGCAGCAUCGUCCGGCCCGAGCCGCGCUUCGGCGUGCCGCCGAACCCCGCCCCUGGGCCCGAGGUGUUUGACGAGGAGCUGGUGCCGCCAGACAACUUUGCCAUGGUCAACACCUGGGUCUAUCGCAGCAGCUUCCCCAAGAAGAAGCACUUUCCCUUUCUCAAGACGCUCGGGUUACGGAGCGUGCUCACCUUGAUCCUGGAAGAGUACCCGGAGCAGAACACCAAGUUCCUCGAUCAGGAGGGCAUCACCUUUUUCCAAUUCGGCAUCCCGGGCAACAAGGAGCCAUUCGUGCAGAUUCCCGAGGACAAGAUCACAGCUGCGCUGGUGACGAUCCUCGACCGGCGGAACCACCCGAUGCUGAUCCACUGCAACAAGGGCAAGCACCGCACGGGCUGCCUGAUCGGGUGCCUGCGCAAGCUGCAGCAGUGGAGCCUGACGACCAUCUUUGACGAGUACCGCCGCUUCAGCUGGCCCAAGUCCCGCAGCAUGGACCAGGAGUUUAUCGAGCUCUUCCGCGAACGCUGCGUCUGGAAGGACGCGGAUCGGAGGUGGCUGCCCCGCUGGGCCGUACUCGCACGAUCGGUGCCCACCUCGGCCUUCCUGCCCCCUUCGCAAGCAGUCCUCGCGUCCCAAGAUACCCCGUUCGACGAAGAAGAAGAAGACCAGACGCCCGGCGGAUCCGGCGGGUGGCGAGGCAUGUAG